AAGAUGAGGACGAGACCGCAGCCUCGUCAACGUCCGGCAAGACGGUUACGCCACCCGGUCCGCGCCCGGUGAUGAUGUACACCUGUAGUGGAGAAAAAGUGUUCGUCGGAAAUGCCUCAGCCAUUGCGUUCUUACAGUACCUGCGAGGAAGCUUGCGUAUCCUUGGUCCAGGUUUCACGAUUAGCCAGGGAUGUCACCGCAUGUUCGAGGCACAAGUUCCUGUGCAGCAGACCGACGACUUCUCAGAUGACAUUGAAAACGCUGAGAGGAAAACCCUGGUUCAACGCUACCUUGACGCUUCUAGUGGACUCCUUGACUUGUUCGAUGAAGCAGAUAUCGAAGAACUUAUCAUUCUGACCCAGAAAUCGCAUACGGGGUCUCUAAGGUCCAGCUCCGCUAUCGAUUCAGGGAGGCUUCUGUGCCUCUACAUGAUGAUUGCGAUUGGCGCCCAAUGUCGUGGCCAGAUAGGAGAUGCACCCAAAGCCUUUCGUUACUUCUCAGAAGCACGCAAGCUGUCGUUCGAAGGAAUGCUGAGCGAUCCAACACUGAACACCGCUCGCGGCUUUGUGUUAAUGGCCUUCUAUAUGUUUGGCGCUUGUCGUCGCAACUCUGCGUUCAUGUACCUUGGGGUUGCCACAAAGGCGGCGUCGGUUAUGGGCUUGCACAUGGCAGAGCAGUUUCAGUCUCUUUCGGAGAGCGAACGAAGUCUAAGGUCUCGGGUCGACAAGAGCAUACGACUUUUUGACGUUGUGUGUAGCUCAAUCCUCGGAAGACCAACAAGUGUAGCACCUUGCCGACUGCGACAAAGCGUAAAGCUUCAUGAAAACCGACAUCGAAAUCUAUCUGCAGACGCUGCAUGCACAUUUGCCACAAUUUUGAACAGAAUCGUCGACACUCUAACCGAAGAAUCUGAGUUGGGCAUGAUCAGAGCACAACAAUUCCUCGAUGAGAUUAGACGUUGGAGUAAGGACCUGCCAACGGCUUUGCGCCAACGCCCAAAGAGAGGAACCGCUCACUCUCAACAUUCUCAAAAUCGAGAGAUAGCUAUCGGAAAUAUCCACGUCGCCUGUACCUACUACUUUGGCAUUAUCCUUACAACUCGCGAGUUCUUAAUCCACCAUAUCAUGCCGCGAAUCACCAAAGACACGCCACUCAUGGACGACCACGAUGAUGAAGGAAGGGGGGAAGAUGAGAAGAGCGUUGCUGAACUAUCUGAUGCCUGUGUGGAUGCUGCUGUGUUCAUGGCAGAGAUGUGUGCUGACGCUCUGGACUCGCGCACAAUCAUGGGCAACAUGUGCAUACUGAAGGCUUGGUUGUUUGCCGCCGGUCUUGUCCUUGGCUUCUCACUGCUCGCCCCUGACGUGCCCCAAAACCGUGGAAAGGCUUUCCAUAAUGCGCUACGUGUUCUGGACUUUCUGGGUCACUUGAGUCCGCAAGCAGCACAAUAUCACCGCCUUCUCACAAGUUUUUCACAAGCCAUCGACUCCUUCAAGACCAAUUCGCCGAUCGAGCAACACCAUGCAGGUGCCCCAUACGUUGAAAGACUUUUAUCAUUCAAUUUAGCGGAGAGUCCUGAGACUCAUAGAAAUGGAGAGACGUCGCAGCUACGCGAAAGCAUCGAGCAUGGCAGAAGUCCAGAACGUUCUGGGAGAGCAGGUGAUGCGAUUGUAGACUUGGGUGAUCAGCCAGACCUGUUGUCUUUUGACCCAACCGCAUCUGGCGGGGAGGACUUGAUGCUAAGUCUUCUUUGGGAUGAUGGCGAUGUUGCCUUUGGAGAGUCAAGUGCUUUCGAUAUGUCAAUGGGAUACGGCUAA